AUGGACUAUCGACUGCUCGACAGUAUUUUGGCGCCGGUUCCGGGCGUGCACCAGCGCGCCAUGUUGCCAAUGUGGGAUGCGAGUCCUCGCUGGGCAAGGGGCAGCCUUGGCCCACCUAGUGGAAGUUUGGCUGCUGAGAAAGCACUUUGGGCGCUGAUUCGGUGCCAGAAGGCGCACAUGAAGCGGAUCCUCAGGGAGCUGGAUGCGGGUAGCAAGAGCUCCUGCUGGGCGUGGUACAUUUUCCCGAGAGAGAGAGCAGGGGCGGGGGACUUCGAUGGGACCCGCAUCACGAGGCAGAAUGCCGUGCACCUCUGCACAAGCGCGUCGGCGAGCGAUUGGCGUGAGUGCCUGGAGAAGAUCUGCGGCCUUCUGGAGGUUCUGGUCUACCUGCACGGACUCCCCGCCUUGGCUGCUGGAUGUAUGCAGACCUGCCGCGAGCUUAUCUGUCACUACCGCCUUUUCGGCGGCUGCGAUGUGGAGUUCAGGUUUGGUGACAUUCUCUCCAACGAGUUGGGUGUGAAAGCACUGGUGAACUCCGCCAACGGUCAGCUUCUUCUGCCGGACGUGGCAGGCAUUGCAGGGGCCAUCAAAAGAAGAGGUGGCGUUUCCUUGGUGAACGAAUGCGAGCAAAUCCUGUCCAAGCACCACCGGGUUGAAGUUGGCGAAGUCGCCGUGACGGAUGCGCACGGCUUGAGGGAGGCAGGCUUUGAUAAGAUCUUCCAUGCUGUUCCACCCGUGUACGAACCUACCCAGAAGGCGGGAAGGGACAUGGAAGCUACAGUUCGCGCUGUUUUGACCGAGGUAGGUCAGGCAGGCCUCGACAGUGUCGUUCUGCCAAUUCUUGGAGCCGGGAUUUUUGGGUGGCGGGCUGAUUGUUGCGCCUUGAUCGACUCCAUCCUUUAUGCCAUUUCUUCUUGGGACCUCUCCGGCGCAAACAAGCCCAAGCGGAUCGUGAUCAUGGACACAAACCACAACCUGAUCAAGGACCUGGCUGUUGCUGCGGCAAGCAGGUUCGGCAAGGCUUUCAUGGCCAUUUGCCAUCGGCCUGGCUGCAGCAACCAGUCAUGGAAUGGUCAGCCAGGAGAGUUCUGCACACUGAGGCAGCAUUGA